UCUCCUCGUUUAAAAUGCUGACACCCCUAUGAGAUAAGUAGAAUGGAGCUAUUCGUAUCCCCAUUAGGAUCAAGAUGCUUUAAUUUAUUGAAUUUUAUUUGUAACUUAGCAUGUGACCAUUAUUUAUUGUCUUGGCUAAAUGACUAUUUUAAAUCAAAGCAAAGCUCUGGGAAAAAAAAAAAAAGAAGAGGGAGUGAAAAUCCAAAGCCUUGCAGUUUGAUAGAGAAAUCUCUCAAGGUUUGAAAAGUUCAGAUACAUUUUAUUCAUCACAUCAGAUCAAUUUGGCAGCAUGAAGAGUAUAUUAGCUUUCCAUCUGAGGAAUUUAGAAGUUAUCAAAUGGGGAUAAAACUGCAUUUUGGGGGGGUAAAUCCCUUGCAAAAUCAUCUGCUCCUCGGAAUUUAGUAGGAAGAUAAACCGGUAUGGCUUUAAACUCGAAGUUAAGUUUUAUCAAGUUCUUUUUGUCUUGCAGCACCACAAUGGACACCUCUAGCCACAGUCUUGUUCUGCUCCAGCAGCUGAAUAUGCAGCGUGAAUUUGGUUUUCUUUGUGAUUGUACUGUCGCCAUUGGAGAUGUUUAUUUCAAGGCCCACAGAGCAGUGCUUGCCGCUUUUUCUAACUACUUCAAGAUGAUAUUUAUUCACCAGACGAGCGAAUGCAUAAAAAUUCAACCCACAGACAUCCAACCCGACAUAUUCAGCUACCUGCUGCACAUCAUGUACACUGGGAAAGGUCCGAAGCAGAGCGUGGACCACGGCCGUUUGGAGGAAGGGAUUAAAUUUCUCCACGCGGACUACCUUUCUCACCUGGCGACUGAAAUGAACCAGGCGCUUUCCCCGGAGACUGUGCAGUCAUCAAAUCUGUAUGGGAUUCAGAUCUCCACUGCCCAGAAAGCAACGGUGAAGGAAGGCCCAGAGGCGAAAGAAAACCCAUCCAAUAACAACGCUCCCAGAACUGCAGCCCCAGGCGAUCACCACCAGCUGCAGCUCUCUCUCGCCAUCGGGCUGGACGACGGCGCCCCGGGCCAGCCGAUCCCUCAUCCCGCUGCCCCGCCAGCUGAAGAGCUCCCGAAAACCUCAGUGUCGGUAAAGCAGGAGAGGUGUGAUGCCGAAUCUGUGGUCUCCCCGAAUCACCCGUCGUCGUCCUCCGAGGCGACGGGUCCCGCUUCGGCGGCGAGCAGCGCCAGGAGGCCCCUGUGCCAAUACUGCGGGGAGCAUUUCGACUCUCGAAACCGCUUACGAGAGCAUCUGCACACUCACGUGUCUGGGUCCCUCCCGUUCGGCGUGCCGGCCUCCAUCCUGGAAAGCAGCGACCUCGGGGAAGCUCACCGUCCGGCCGCUGACGCCAGGGAGACUCUGGAAGGCCGGAAGCUCGGCACCUUCAUCCUCAAAGAGAACGAGCGUGGGCCGGCCCGGCCCAGCUGCGACAACAGCCUCGAACCUUUGCAGAUCGGUCAGUUGUCUCUCAUCUCCAAAGACACCGAGCCCGUGGAAUUGAACUGUAACUUUUCUUUUUCGCGGAAAAGGAAAAUCAGCUGCAGCGUCUGUGGUCACGCAUUUCUCCGGAAGAGCCAGUUGCUGGAACACAUGUACGCACACAAGGGUCAACCGUACAAGUAUAGCCGCUGCCAAAGAUUUGGCAACGCACUGGCCCAGAGGUCUCAGCCUUAUUGCGACAGCUGGGCCGACGGUCCGCUUAAAAGUUUCAGCCUGCCUCAGGACCACUUAGCCUCACCCUGUGCUUUGGAGUCUGAUCUCACACAAGAAAAUGUGGACACUAUUCUUGUAGAGUAGCUACUUUCCCCUCGGAACUGCUCCUCCAUCUUGCGUGCGUAAAAUGUCAACCUAGCCGGUUUUUUAUACCUCACUCUUUUUUUCCACUCAUGGACUGGAAGGAACCAUUCCUCCUACCUGUCAGAGUUUUAGUCGCUAGUCGGCCAACAAGCUUCAUCUGUGAGAUUCAGCUGUACAAAGCACACUUUCUUCAUGCUUUAAUAACAUACUAGUUGCAGGAUAUAAGAUCAACUUUCCAUUUGCAAAAUCAAACAAUUUUUUUUUUUUAACUCGGCAAAAGUCCUGAAAGGUUGAGUUGGUGGCCAGAAGGUUCGGUACUGCCCAGAACGGUUGUAGUAUAGGAUCACUAGAAUUUGCCAAGCUGAAAUUGAAGCAGAUAGAAAGGUAUAAUAGAAUCCCUUUACUGGAACUCAGAAAAUGAAAAACCUUCUGUAGACCAUAAUUCUACCAAGAACAGUCCAUAAUACAUUGUGAAAAAAUGUAGUUGUCUCGUAACAGUGUAGUCGCAAUAAAAGCGCCAUGUAACAGAAAUGUAGCAUGACCACGCAUUAAAUUUAAAAUGGUUUUUAAAAAUUCUAGACCUAAAACUUCUAUGAUUAAAAUAGAAUAAAAUAAAAAGUAUCGUCCCAACUUCAGCCUUGUCUCAGAAUAAAUCGUAAAUAAGGACAUCA